AAAUAAAUAGUUCUUGAUAUAUAUAUAACCCUCUUCUCUUCCUCCCAUUUCAACAACCAAAAAAAAAAUUAAAAAAUUGUGAAACUAACCCUUUUUUGUGUAUGUGAAUAUGGGGAGAAAGUGUUCACAUUGUGGCUAUAUUGGUCAUAAUUCAAGAACUUGUAGCACUUUGAAAUGUGCUAUUAGUGGUAAUAAUAUUAUUGGUGGAUUAAGGCUUUUUGGAGUGCAACUUGAUAUUUCUAAUUCUUGUUUUUCUAGUCAUAAUAAUAAUAAUUUGAAGAAAAGUUUUAGUUUGGAUUGUUUGUCUUUAACAAAUAGCCACUUAUUCUCAUCUUCUUCUCCAUCUCUUAAUGAAAGUUGGGAAAAAAGUAGUACUACUUCUAUUGAUAAUAAUGGUUAUCUCUCUGAUGGUACUCUUGUAGGUUGUGUUGGUGAAAAGAAGAAAGGUGUUCCAUGGACAGAAGAGGAACAUAGAAGAUUCUUAAAUGGACUUGAAAAGUUAGGUAAAGGAGAUUGGAGAGGAAUUUCAAGAAAUUUUGUGACAACAAGGACUCCAACUCAAGUUGCAAGUCAUGCUCAAAAAUAUUUUCUAAGACAAUCAAGUCUCAACAAAAAGAAAGACGUUCAAGUCUUUUUGAUAUGGCAAGGAGCAACAACAAAUAUGUAG